AUGAAGACAAAAGAAAAAUCAAAAAAUAGGACUUAAUUUCAAUGCUAUACUAAGGAUUACUCUAUUGUUUUAUUCUUUUUGUUUUAAAUACUCAUUAGCAUAUUAGUAGUUGUCUAUGAUGCUAAAAAUGAACUGAUAUCAGUUGUCAUCUGUUCGAUUCAUGGAUUUUUUGCGCUUUAGCAAUUAAUAUUGCCGAAAGACAAGGCAAUCAUUUAUAAAUAAAUCUGUAUGCUUCUGAGUAAAUUGGCUAGCCUAAUAUUGAUAGUUAUUGUCGGAUCUGAAUUGGCAAUUUUAAUAAUAGCAUUAUUCGAGCGUUUAGAUUUAAUAUCAUCUAAGAAUAAUACAUUUAAAUAAUUUGAUCAGAUUCUGUUUAGAUUAAUUACUCUCAUCAUAAUGAUAUUUGAUUUCAAUUUGCUUUUAACAAUAACACUUGCAUACACAAUAUUGAUUGAAAUAAAUAAACUUAUAUUAGAAAGAUCUAUUGAAAAUAAAUAAAUAUAAUACAACAUUACCAGUAGUUAUCAUAACACAUCAAGGACCACAGAUUAAGAAUGGAAUUAUCGUUUGAAUUAAAUUCCACAAUGUUUUAUUGUAAUAAAUCUGCCAAGUCUAAAGGUUUCUUAUAAAAAUAAUUAUCUUUAAACUUAUUUCAAACCGUGUUAUGAAAAUGAUGAGGAGCUAGAUGAAUUGAUCUUACACAAAUUACAAUUCAGCAUUGUACAGGAUAAGAUAGAUACAAUACAGUAGUUACAUGCAAAGCCAAAAGUCAACCUGAGAUAAGCAAAGAAAUAACAAAUGUGGAACUAUAAGAGCGAUUCAAUUUCACUUCAACAAUCACCUUAAUACAGAUAGGAGUAGUCUAGAUACUCUUUGGAAUUCCAAACUACAUCUUAAUUAUCAAUCUUUGAAAUCUUGACCAACAGAACAUCUGAUGAGUAGAGUAAUGAUGGUCACAUUGAGAUCUUUUCGGAUCAAAGUUGGUAGUCAAUUGCUAUAAACUAUAACUAUUCUUUUUCAAGAUAAAAACUGCAAUUAUCCGGUUAAAUCAUUUUUUCUGAAUAAGAAGGAGAAGUAUUGCUGACUCUUAUUGAUGUUUCUAAGCAAAACUAAUUACAAGAAUUGAUUUCUAAUUCUGAGUUUAAAUCAAAGAUCAUUGAGUCUUUCUCUCAUGAAUUAAGAACGCCUUUGAAUAGUGCUCUCAAUUUUCUGGUUUCUUGCCAAUAUGACAAGGAAGUGGAAGAGUUCAUUAAGGAAGAUUAUUUAUAACCAGCAAUCAACUCCUUAAAAUUGCAAUCAUAUGUUAUUAGUGACAUAAUAGAUUUAUCAUAAAUUUCAUCAAAUAAUUUUAUAGUAUCCGCAAGAGAAUUUUCCAUAAGUGAAAUACUAAAUGAGAUUAUUUAAUUGUUUAAAACCUAAUUUGAAAUGAAGAGAGUGGAAUUAAAGAUUAAUUUACUAGAUUGCACAAUUUCCAAAUUUACAUCUGAUUAUGUAAGACUUACUUAAAUCAUUAUUAAUCUAUUAUGCAAUUCUCUAAAGUUUUCAUCUGACGGCAUUGUGACAUUACAAAUAACAUCUGUUUAGAAUCAACAUCUAAAAAUCAGUGUUUCAGAUUAAGGAAUGGGAAUAGAGAGUGACAACCUUAAUGAAUUGAAAUCCCUUCUUUAAAAUAUUGAACAUUACAAAGAUAUUUAAUUAAAUAAAACUUGGUAAGGUUUUGGUUUGUUGAUUUCUGCCAUUCUGGUUAAUAAAUUAGCACCAAAAGAGAAUAAAUACUUAUAGAUUGACUCAUCUGGCAGUCAAUAAGGAACAAAUGUGUGGUUUUACGUUGAAAAUUAACUCAGUAUUGAAAUCCCAAAAUAGAACACUUUGCGAUAUAGUGUUCCCAGAUUUUAAAGUUCUCAUGAUGAAUAACUAUUUAACUUAGAUGUAAAUUGUGCCAUAUUUUAAGCGACAGAUUUUAGUAACGUCGCUUUUUCGAAGUAAUUUAACUUCAAUGGGAAAGGAAGGGAAUCUUAAAAAAAUGACUUUAAUUAUACUGAUAGUUAAUCAUUUGAGUCCUUACAAUUUAAAUAUGUAUAACUUUCACCGCUCUCACCUUCAUUGAUUACUGAUAAAUUGUUUAUGCCAUAAAAAAACGAGACCGAUCAUAAAAGUAAUCUUCAAAUAGUAAAUCUAAAAAUGAUGAUAGAAGCACGUGUUAAGGAAGAUCAAGAGUUCUUGAAUACAUUUUAGAAAAAGAAGAAAUGUACCUGUUAAAACCUGUUAUCCGUUGAUGAUGAAAUUUUUAAUUAGAAAUCGAUUCAAAUUUUAUUAGCCAAAUUAGGAUUUGAUGUAAUAUUAGUAUAAUAAUAUAAAAUAUCAAUCAAGGCAUUUAAUGGAGCGGAGGCCAUUAGAGUCAUUGAGGAAUCGGUUCCUUGUGGUCCCUAAUGUUAAUUGUUCACCCUGAUAUUGAUGGACUAUUAGAUGCCGAUAAUGGAUGGAUGUACUGCGACUAUAAAGUUAAUAGAAAUGAUGAAUUAAAAUAUAAUCCCUAAAAUUCACAUAAUAGGAUUAACGGCCUUUACUAAUGCUACUGAUGUUUCUAAUUGCAUUAGAGCAGGUAUGAGUGAUGUAUUACAAAAACCUUUAAAUUUGAAGGAUUUGAAAGAAAUUUUGAUUCUGGUUUGA